CUCUUCGUCUAGGGCUUAGGACUCCCCGGCUUAGCACUCUCUUGGUGACAAUGGCGAACUACGACCUAACCCCCCGGAUCGCGCCGCACCUGGAUAGACAUCUCGUGUUCCCUCUUCUCGAAUUCCUUCAGGAACGCCAGCUCUACGAGAAUGAUCAGAUCCUCAAGGCUAAGAUCGAGCUCCUUAACAAGACCAACAUGGUCGACUAUGCCAUGGACAUCCACAAGAGCCUCUACCAUACCGAGGAUGUACCCCAAGAGAUGGUGGACAUGAGGGCGGAAGUAGUUGCCAGGCUCAAGGCACAGGAGGAGGCCGCCGCACCGCUCGUUGCCUUUUUGCAGAACGCCAGCGCUGUCCAGGAUUUGAAGGCUGACAAGCAGUAUAAUCUUCAGAUGCUCAAUGACAGAUACCAGAUUGGUCCUGAGCAAAUAGAAGCAUUGUAUCAAUAUGCCAAAUUUCAGUUUGAGUGUGGAAACUACUCUGGUGCCGCGGAUUAUCUUUAUCAGUACAGGGCUUUAUGCACAAAUAGUGAAAGGAGUCUGAGUGCUUUAUGGGGGAAGCUUGCAGCUGAGAUAUUGAUGCAAAACUGGGACAUUGCUCUUGAAGAGCUGAACCGUUUGAAAGAAAUAAUUGAUUCAAAGAGUUUUGCAUCACCUGCAAAUCAGGUGCAAAGCAGAAUAUGGUUGAUGCAUUGGAGUCUCUUCAUCUUUUUCAACCAUGACAAUGGAAGAACACAGAUUAUCGAUCUGUUUAAUCAGGACAAGUAUUUGAAUGCUAUUCAAACUACUGCUCCGCACCUUUUGCGAUACUUGGCCACAGCAUUCAUUGUCAACAAGCGCAGGAGGCCUCAAUUCAAAGAUUUCAUUAAAGUUGUUCAGCAAGAGCAGCAUUCAUAUAAAGAUCCCAUCACUGAAUUUUUGGCAUGUGUUUAUGUCAACUAUGACUUUGAUGAGGCACAAAAGAAGAUGAGCGAGUGUGAAGAAGUAAUACUCAAUGAUCCCUUCCUUGGUAAACAAGUCGAGGAUGGCAGCUUUUCAACUGUACCGUUGAGGGAUGAGUUCCUUGAAAAUGCCAGGCUAUUCAUCUUUGAGACAUACUGCAGAAUACACCAACGGAUUGACAUGGGACUGGUUUCACCAAUUGCUGAUGUUUGUGAUAGAGUUCUUGCUGAGAAGUUAAAUUUGAAUUACGAGGAGGCUGAGAGAUGGAUUGUGAAUCUCAUUCGUAGCUCAAAGCUUGAUGCCAAAAUUGACUCUAAAACUGGAACUGUUAUCAUGGAACCCAAUCAUCCUAAUGUAUAUGAGCAACUUAUUGACCAUACCAAGGCACUGUCAGGGCGUACUUACAAGUUAGUCAGCCAACUUCUGGAGCAUGCACAAGCACAGUCAGCUCGAUGAAUAAUAUGGCUCAUGAGCUGUGUGGAGAUUUGUUGCUUAUGUAUUUUUGGAUACAGCAAUUUUGUUUUUGUUCUUUAUUUAGAAUUGCAUUCAAAUUGAGGCGCUUUUCAACCUCAAGCAUAUGGCUUAGGGCAUCUCUUCCAUGUCAAGAGCACAAGUAAAAACUGCUGUAGAGAAUUGACCUUUUUUUAUUGGUUUAGAUGUUAUCGCAUACAUUUAAGAAAUAUCUGUUCCAAGGAACUAAGUUCAUGUAUUAACUUAUUUUGAUA